GUUAAAUAAAACACUCAAAUUGUCAUGAGAAUUAAUAAAAAAUUAUUUUGUGUGUUCCGAUGCCCUGUAUUAAGUCAUGGCGCCUCAUGGUAGUCAGAAUAAGGUAACAAUAUUUUUGAGAGAAAAGAAUUGUCAAUCGGUCACAUUUGACCGCAAACACAACAGGAGAGGUUUUAUAACUGCAGUCUUAAGUGCUGCUGGGAAAAUGCCUGAGCUGAGAAUGGUUCACAAUUUUGUGAUGAAAAAAAGAACCAAAGUCAUUUUUUGUUGACUUGAAAUCUUGAGGUAGCUCUGUUGGGGAAUUUGUUAACUUAUCAACAAUGGCAAAAAGAGCAGGGGAGUUAUUAAUGUGUUAAUAAUACAAUUAAUGAAGAAUGCCUGGCCCUAUACAUAACUCAGAGUUAUAAAUGUGGAGUCUCUUUUUGAAGAUGAGUUAAUCUGAAGCUUAGUGUUUCUCCAUUUACGUUCAGCUUUCCUACAUUCUCUCUUCUGAUUUGCUACUGUUGUGAUAUUCCUCCAUGGUGUUUUAGGUUUACUGAAGUCUUUCUAACCUUGGCAGGUGCUAUUAUACUAUAUAGAGUCAAGGACCCUGAGAAUAUUAGAGCUAAAUUGAGUAAGAUGGUCCUGCACACAUGGUGUCAUAGCUACAUAGCUAAGGCUUCCAUAAAAAGAGAGCUGCUAUUCUCAUUAAUUUAUUUGUGGUAAUUUGAUGGUUUUACUGUAAAAUUCACUAUGAUAGUUCAUAGUAACACUGUCAACUUAUGGAUCUUUAACAGUUCAACCAUGACCGCUUUUAAUGUGUUCAUGAUAAGUGAUAAUGGAUGACACUGUGUUCUUUAAUCAAGUUUGUUUUUCUGUCAUGUUGUUAAACUUUAGUCGAUACAAGUAGCCUAACAUCUGAGUAAGUAAACAUAGCCUAUUUGAUGACCACAUCAAACAUGGCAUAGGCUUAAAAGUAGCCUAGGAAGCACAGGAAUGAGGUAGCACAGGAAUGUGAAGGAUAUAAAAAGAGGGAAUUCAUGUUUUAUUUCAUACAGUCUGGUAUUAUCCCAGAAAUGUGAUUUACUUUUGAAGUUGAAAAUGUUUAGUUGAACUGUAAACUUUAUAGUAAACCUCAUAAUUAUGAAAACCUCAGUCUGACUAUAAACAAAUUGCAGUCAAUCAUCAUCUUUACUUAUUAUCUGUAAACUUUAAAGUCUGCAUCAGAUGUGCGACCAUGACAUUCAUAGUAAUGGGAGAGUUCAUAGUCAAGUUAUGAUAUAUUCAUGGUCGAACUGUAAAGGCAAUGGUAGAACUAUAACAAAUUUAAGUUGAACUGUAAAUUUAAUUGUUUUACUGUGAAAUUUUACAGUUCAUUUUUUCGUAGGGGUUCAGUCCGCAUCAACGGGACGGACCAACCUAGCCAACUUAGACCAUGCCUAGUAGCCCGAAUGGCCAACACAACAAAACAUCACCAACAAAUCAACCAUUUCAGAUAAACACAGGAGAGGUGUUGUAUUCAUUGUGCUGUAGUGGGUCCAAUGAACAUAAAUUUCACACACCCAAUACAAUUAGAGAUAAUGCAGAAAGACAACUCUGAGGUCGUGGAAGGGGGUCGCUGGUGGCCCAGAGACUGCAUUGCCCGGCAGAAGGUAGCCGUCAUCAUCCCCUUCAGACACCGUGAGUUCCACCUCAAGUACUGGCUCUACUACCUCCAUCCCAUCCUGCAGAGACAGCAGCUGGACUAUGGCAUCUAUGUCAUCAAUCAGUAUGGAGAAACGACAUUCAACCGGGGCAAGUUGAUGAACGUGGGCUAUGCAGAAGCCCGGAAGCAGUAUGACUACGGGUGCUUCGUCUUCAGUGACGUGGACAUCAUCCCCAUGGACGACCGAAACUUCUACAAGUGCUACAGUCAACCAAGGCACCUUUCUGUGGCUAUCGACAAGUUUGGGUUUCGGCUGCCAUACAUGCAGAUCUUCGGUGGUGUGACGGCGCUGAGCUUGGAGCAGUUCACGAAGAUCAACGGCUACCCCAACAACUACUGGGGUUGGGGAGGAGAAGAUGAUGACGUCUCCCAAAGGGUCUCCAUGAGGGGCAUGUCCAUCUCCAGGCCUGAUGGUCAAACUGGGAGAUGCCGUAUGAUCAAACACCAUAGUGAGGCUCACAAUGAACCCAACCCAAAGAGGUUCGACAACUUAAGACUCACUGGACAAACCAUCAACAGCGACGGUCUCAGUUCCCUGCAGUACCGUGUCAUUAGUGUCGAGAAGAACCCUCUUUACACGAACGUCACAGUGGACAUCGGCAGCCCAUGAACUUUUGUCAAACAGCAUGAUGCUGCUGCAAUAAGCCACCUCUAUCAGUUUGUCGUAAUGUCUCGAGACAACUUAUGGGGUGGUACAAAUAAAGAGCUCUUUUCCAAAA